AUGCCAGCAAAGUCCACAACGCCGUCUGAAAUGGUUUCCCAGGCCCAAGUGCUUGAUCGCUCCAUACCCGCGCAAAGCGCCCCAUCGUCCGUGUCGCGUUAUUCUCAUCACAGUCGCCGCCAUCGCUCGAGUCGUUCUCACCACGGGGGACACAUUCAUCAGCCUCAAAAUGACUUUCCGACCUUCACUCAUACCGGUGAUGUUGAACUAGUGAUUCGCGCCGGUCGCCAGGAGAACCGGUACCUCUUGCACCGGCUCAUUCUGGCGCAAUGCUCCGGUUUCUUUGAGACUAGCACCCAGGAGUGGUCGGGGCAAACUGCGAUGGGUCGGCAACCCAAUAACAACCCGGAUUCGGGGACCUUGUCGAGAAUCAGCGAAGAUGCGUCAUCUCUCUCCAACGGCUCUACUCUGGCGCAGUCCGACGCGGGCCUCACUCAAUUACCGCCCGAGAAAAAGAGAUGGCGAUUCGAACUGGAUUGGGAAAAUAAGGCAGAGGACGAGGAGCCAAUAUUGGUCCAGAAGCCUCCCAGUGCUUCUGGUACCAUUGCUAGCGAGUUCGGACCGUAUGCAAAGCCAAUGACAAAACCGUCAAGCAAUCAUGCAGGAUUCGCUCGUUCCAUGGCAAACUUGGCGCAUCUGCAGUCUGUUAUCCAGCUGCCACAUAGGUCGAGUGCGGUAGCCGCGGCUGCAGCAAACACGAACCCGUCCAAUGGAGGAACGAUGGAUCCCAUACUUCGUGAUUAUGACAACCUGUUUCGGUUGUUCUAUAACCAUCCACCACUACUUAACACCAUCAACAUCGCUACUGCAUAUGCAGAAUGCAAGGCCCUUCUAGCCCUGGCGGAUAUGUACGAUGCCUUACCCGUCACUGGUCCCCGCGUGGACCAUCACCUUUUGGGCUUUGGCUCCCGACUGUUCAAACAAAUUGCAAAAUACCCGCCAAGCUACCUGAAACUAGGAUACCUUGCGCGAAGUCGUGUCAUCUUUUCCGAGGCCCUCAUUCAUGUCGUCGGCCAAUGGCCGGCUGGACAAUCCCACCUCCGCAGCGGACCCUACUCCCCGCUCCCUCCUCUUGCACUGGAUAUUAUCGAGGACAAAUUUGAGGACCUCGAGGACCUUAAGGCUCGCAUUGACUCCAAACUUCUGCGCCUUACCCUAACUACUUCCCGGGGAGAGCGUGUCACUCCCCAGAACGCCUACUUGGACUGGCUUGCUGUUUCCCUCUUCCGACAAUGGCUUGUUGAUAGCACUACCCCGCCACCUGCUCCAAUCCUCAAGAAUAGCGCGCACCCUACAAACCACACCAAUACUAGCCGCGCAGCAUCUGCAGCGACAUCAACGACCGUCUCUGCAUCCCGACCGACGGACAGUACAUCGCCAGCCACGGCAGCAGUCUCAUCCGCUCGCGUUUACCGGCUCAUUGGAUCUUCCUCGACGCAGGCCUACCUCUCGCAUGAGGAACUCAAGAAGUUCCUCAAGGUUCACCCGACAGCGUCUUCAGAGUCUCUGUACACGCGCGAAGUACUUAAACGAUUUGAGCGCAAAAUGGACGAAAUCAAACGGCUGGCCCGUGAGAUCGUCAAACCUCUCAUGCGAAACUUUCUUGAAUUGGAUCUGAAAGGAGGUGAAUUCAGCGACACCAUUCCAUACUUGACAUGUGUCAAAGUUGAGGAUGAUGAUAUUCCUUGGGAAUGA